CUGAAAAAACCAGAGCAUGUGCACACACAGCUGCAGCUACAGAUCGAGCUCGUCACUUCAUAAGUGCAGCGUUCGAGUAGCCAUUCUUGAAACGACUCUCCAGUUCAGUGGCCAUGUACGGUAGCAGUGCCAAUGGCAGCCCCUCGGUGGCCGCUCUGCCGACAAGCCCGCUGCUCCCGGUACGCACGCCAAGGAAGGCGCCGGCGGACGAUCCCACGGAGGAAGGGGAGCCCGUGUCCCCUACUGCGAGGCUCAUGGAACCCAUAUACAUCCUCGUCGCCGUCGGCCUUGGCUGCCCCGUAAACCUCCCCGUCUUCAGCGCCGGCAUCGCCGCCCAGCUCGCCCGAUACCCGCGCUUUUGCAGCAUUCAGGUGACAGAUGAGUCCAAUGGUGGCAACCCGCGGUGGGUGCGCACGGCGGUGAACAUGGACGACCACACCAUCAUCCCGACGCUUGAUCCCGUCGCCGUGGCGGCCGACCCGGACCGGGCCGUGGAGGACUACAUGGCCUCGCUGCCCGCGCUCCCCAUGGACCGCUCCCGGCCGCUCUGGGAGUUCCAUUUCCUCGACUUCCCGACCUCCGAGGCCACCUCCACCGUGGUGAUUCGCGUGCACCACUCCAUGGGCGACGGUAUGACGCUCAUCACGCUCCUCCUGGCGUCCGCGCGCAGCGCCGCCGACCCGACACGCCUGCCGGCCAUGCCGGAGCAGCCGGCGCGCACGGGCGCCAUCUACGCGCCGCCGCCACGGUCCGCGGGCGUCCUGGCGUUCGUCGCGUGGGUCUGGUCGUACCUUGUGCUCGCGUGGAACACCAUGGUGGAUGUCACCCUCUUCGCCGCGACCAUUGCGUUCUUGAGCGACCCGCACACGCCGUUCAAGUACGUGGACCGCGGCGCCGCGUCCAGCUCCCGCCGGCGUUUCGUUCACCGGAGCAUUCGGUUGGAGGACGUCAAGUUCAUCAAGAAUGCCAUGAACUGCACUGUCAAUGAUGUGCUAGUCGGAGCCACUUCUGCUGCUCUAUCAAGAUAUUAUUUUCGUAAAGCUGGUUGCACUAACACCAGCAAAAUAUGUCUGCGAUCUAUCCUCCUUGUCAAUACAAGGCCAACCAGUAGCCUACAAACAUAUGUUGAUAUGAUAGAAUCUGGUAAGAGUAAUGAUGUGGCAUGGGGAAAUCGAGUAGGCUACAUCGUCCUUCCAUUUCAUUUAGCGAUGCACGAUGAUCCACUUGCAUAUGUUCCCAAGGCAAAGAACACAGUGGAUAGGAAAAAGAGCUCACUUGAAGUUAUCUUCACGUGUAAGAUGGGUGAAUCGUUUCUCAAAAUGUUUGGUCUCAAGGCUGGCGCUUUCAUCUUUGGUCGCAUGUUUGCCAAUACAACUCUUGCGUUCUCAAACCUCGUUGGACCAACUCAACAAAUAGAGUUCUAUGGGCACCCCGUUCUCUUCAUCGCGCCUAGUGUUUAUGGGGCUCCACAAGCUGUGCUUGUGCAAUAUCUGAGUUAUAAUGGCACUAUUAAGGUAAGUUUGUCUGUUGACAAGGAAAUAAUUCGAGAUUAUACUCAACUUAUGGAUGACUUUGUUGAGUCUUUCGGGCACAUUAAGGAUGGGGCUUCAAGACUUUCAACAUCCAUCAAGCAAGAAUAAGCAGCAUGCAGUUAUAUCCUCGUGCUCCUUAAAAUUGUAUAACGACAGCAAUAUGCUCCUAUAUAUUCGCUAUGUGUAUCACCAGUGGCAGCACAGUAAUUAAAAACCAGAACAUGUACCAAACUAAGGUUUUAAGUCAAAUGUAUUAGCUACACUAAUAUGUAGAACAAUGAUGCACCAACAGGGAUAAUAUUAUACUCGUCUUA